AUGAUAGAUGGUCUUACUAUUGAUACUAUUCUAGAAUUAGUUCAUUUUGUUUUGAAAAAACAAUUUGUUGUUUAUAAUUAUGCAUUGUAUCAACAAAUUCAUGGUGGUGCUUCUGGUUUACCACUAACUAUGUUCUUGACCUUUAUUAACGUGUUUUAUGGUCAACAUCGAGAUCUUGUAAAAUCAUUGAAAGAAAAAAAUGAAUUUUUUGGCAGAUAUCGAGAACAAGCAAUUAUAACAUGGCAUGGAUCCGAAGGUCAAUUUCGUACAUUACUCAAGAAAAGUAUUGGUAUUGAACAUACUCGAAAUCUGGUAACAAUAUCUAUUGGAUCAAAAGUUCAUUUCCAUGAUCUUGAAAUUAGCUAUAAGAAUAAUGGUGGUAUUCUCGAAAGUAAAGUUUAUUAUGAUUCAGCUAUUGAUACUUUACCCAAUGUAUCCGAUAAACCAAUGGAAAACCAAUCAAAACAAUUAUAUGCUGUUCUCUAUCGAGCUGUUCGAUGUUCUUCUGAUGUUGAAACUUUUCAUCAUGAACUAUGUCAUAUUCAAUUAUCAUUUCUUACAUCGGGCUUCACAUCAGAAUUUAUUCAUUCUAAUAUCGAACGUUUUUACCAAGAAUUUGGUAUACAAGAAAAAUUCUUCUCAUUAUUUUUGAAUGAUGAUGAUGAAUAUAAUAAUUUACGUCAACGUAUUAUACAAGACGUUGAACAACAAAUGAAAUUGAAACAACAACGUGAAGAACAAAAAAAAUAUACAUUAUUCGUACCAUGUCCACGUUUUAUUCAUCAAGAAAGUCGUGAUAUUUUCAAGCAAGGUUUUCAAGAUUUGUGGAAGAAAUAUUUUGGUAAUGAAUCACAAACGAAACAUGUACAAAUCAAAUGGAUAGAACGAACAACAACUCCUCUAGCAAAAAGUGAUUUUCUGAUCAACAAACGACCACCACUUCGUCUGUUAACUUUAUCGAAAAGUGAAGUCAAUAAAAAGAGAUAUCAUCCUAUGGAUCGUCUUUAA